ACAUGCAAUGAUUGGCUGAUUGCAACCUAUCGCGAGAACUGUCAUGGCAUCCUUGAAGUACUUCCGCCUUUUAUCCAAAAGAUCAGUUUGCGUUAUAUGUGCAUUAUUGGCUGUAUUAAUGAUUUUUGUGAACUUUAAAGGUUUUAUUCAGAAACAAGAUACAACGGCUAAUGUUUUUUCUCACAGAAGAGUUGCUGUCAAACAUGUAAAGAACAAUACAAGAAGCGUUUUAAAUCGAUCAACCCAAAGGGAGAUAAUUUUGACUCCAGACAAUGCAGUGUUAAACAUAGUAAUAAUAUUGAAAAACACAAAGAGGAAUCCCAAUUUACAGGCUAGAUUUGAGACUCUGAUAAAGUCAGUAUACAUGAAAUCCUCAGUUCUACUUUCUUUUCACGUGAUAUGUGAUACGGAUGGAGGGAAGGUUGCAACUUCCACAAUCAGAAGAUUUGCUCCAAAGGAAACAAAGAUUGUUAUCUAUAAUGUCACUGAAAUGACACAGAAGGUUGGGGAGCAGAUUACCCAGAUGCAGGCACACUUCAGUAAUGGUGCCAAUGCAUAUUAUGGAGAUCCACUGUUUUUUCUUUCAAUGGUGUUACACCGAGUUCUUCAGCUUGACAAAGUUAUCAUGCUAGAUGUUGAUUUGAAAUUUGAUGAAGAUAUAAGACAUCUGUAUGAAAUUUUCAGUCUGUUUUCAGAAAGGAAUAUAAUUGGUAUAGCCAGAGAAAAUCAACCAGUUUAUAGACAUUUGUUUCAUCAAUAUCGUGGUAAAAACCCGUCCACAAGAGUUGGUGCACCUCCUCCUACUGGACUAACAGGUUUUAACAGUGGUGUUUUACUGUUAAACUUAGAGAAAAUGAGACUGUCCAAUGCAUACAAUUCAUUGAUAGACUCCUCCAAAACUCUGGAGAGGUUGAAACAGAAGUAUUCAUUUCAAGGACAUCUCGGAGAUCAAGACUUUUACACCCUUACUUGUCUAGAAAAUGAGGAGUUGUAUUUUGUGUUGCCAUGUUCCUGGAAUUGGCAGCUGUGUGUUUGGUGGAGAGAUCAUGGGUAUUCCCAAGUUUUUGAUCAGUAUUACAUAUGCUCUGAGAAAAUAAAAAUUUAUCAUGGCAACUGUAAUAGUAAUAUUCCAACAUUGUCUUGGGAAACGGAAACAAAGAAGUUUCCUCAAAGAUGAUUUAAAGAGAAAUGAUGAGGUCAUAUUAUGUGCAAGAGAGGGAGACAGAGAGAGAAUUGUCUAUUUUUCUACCAUGAUAAUUGUGACAAAUGAAAGAUAUGAAUAAAAUUCUUAUUUUGAU